AUGCCGCCAGUACUCAACCGCGCGCCGCUCUUCGCACGCACUCUCCUGCGCAAUGUGCCUGUCAACUGUCGGGCGAGUUCGAGCUCUGCGCAGCCCCUGAUCAAGCUCACCAACAUCCCCGCACCUCACAGCGGCACCAUUCGCGUGCUCUCGCUGAACCGGCCGGAGACCCGCAACGCCAUCUCGAAGGCUCUGCUUUCAGAGCUCAUCCGGCACGUCAAUGACAUCCAUCACGAGGGCAGCAAACCCACCACACGUGCCCUCAUCAUAGCCAGCGAGAUCGACACCAGUUUUUGUGCCGGUGCGGAUCUGAAGGAGAGAGCGACCUUCACUCAGGAUGAGACAGCCGAGUUCCUGUCGAAGCUCCGUGGCGCCUUCACGUCCAUUUCCCAGCUGCCCGUCCCGACCAUCUCUGCCAUCUCGUCGCUCGCCUUUGGCGGCGGCCUUGAGCUCGCUCUCACGACGCACCUGCGCGUCUUCAGCAGCAACGCCACCGUAGCACUGCCCGAGACCCGUCUCGGCAUCAUACCCGGGGCCGGCGGCACCUACCGACUGCCCGCGCUGAUCGGGUUGAACCGCGCGCGCGACCUCGUCCUGACUGGCCGUCGCGUCAGUGGCCCGGAGGCGUAUUUCCUGGGACUGUGCGACAGACUCGUGCAGGUGCUGCCGGAGGAAAUUGGCCAGGAGGGUGUUGCGCGGAAGAAGGUGCUGGACGAAGCUGUGAGGGUGGCCAUGGAGAUCUGCGAAGGGGCGCCCAUUGCCAUCAGGGCCGGGUUGGCGGCUGUUGAGGGCUGCGCUGGUGGAGAAGCGGUGGAGAAUGAGAUGUAUAACGCUGUUGUGGACACGGAGGACAGGUACGAGGCUCUCGCAGCGUUCAGAGAGAAGAGGAAGCCGGUAUUCAAAGGCAGGUAG